GGGACUUUCCAGCAGGACCACAGCUCAUUUCGUGUGCUCAUUUGGCCUAGGAUAUCCUGGUUUUUUGAGGGAGUCUUUGGAAGGGGAUGUCGGCCAUGUGGUCCCUCUGGAGUCUUCUUCUCUGCGAAGCACUCCUUCCCAUUGUGGUUAUCAGUGUCCAAGUGCUAAGCAAAGUGGGGGACUCGGUGCUGCUGGUGGCAGAAUGCCCUUCUGGCUUCCAAGUGCGUGAAGUCAUCUGGCGAUCUCUCUGGCCGUCAGAGGAGCUCCUGGCCACAUUUUUCCGGGGCUCCUUGGAGACUUUGUACUACUCCCGUUUCCUGGGCCGAGUCCAGCUACAUGGCAACCUCAGCCUGGAGCUUGGACCUCUGAAAAGUGGAGACAGUGGCAACUUCUCUGUGCUCAUGGUGGACACAGGGGGUCAAACCUGGACCCAGACCCUCCAUCUCAAGGUGUACGAUGCGGUCCCUAAGCCCGAGGUUCAAGUGUUCACUGCUGCAACGAAAGAGGCUCAAGCCCCCCAAACCUGCCAGGUCUUCUUGUCCUGCUGGGCCCCCAACAGCAGUGACAUAACCUAUAGCUGGAGACGAGAGGGGACAAUGGAUGUUGAGGUGGAAAUGCACAGCCUUUUCUCAAAUAGACAGGUGUUAAGUGUCUCACUGGGACUGAGAGACAAAGAUGUGGCCUACACCUGCAUUGCCUCCAACCCUGUCAGCUGGGAUACGGCCACGGUCACUCCCUGGGACAGCUGCCAUCAUGAGGCAGCCUCCGGAAAGGCUUCCUACAAGGAUGUGCUGCUGGUGGUCCUGCCAAUCUCACUCUUCCUGAUUCUAGCUGGUCUCCUUGGGGCAUGGCACCACUGCCCCUGCUCAGGAAAAAGGAAGGAUGCUGGCACUGACAGAGUAGUUCCGGAGACAGAGAAUCCCCUCGUGUAAGGUGUGCCAUGAGAGACAACAUAGACUGAUGCUUAGACCAACAUAGACCAUGAUGAGACAGACACCCUGCCCAGCCACAUGAUGCUCUGCACCUGGAAACUUCCCAGAUCCUCGUAACUUCCACAAGUCUCCUGUCUGCUGCUAAAGAACAGCCAAGGAAGCCACCAUCACCCUGGUUCCAACCUUCUCCUUCUGUUUUGCACAUGCUGGAUCUUCUCUGGGCAAGGUGGACUAAGAGGUUGCUUCCUUAAGAGCCCUGGACAUUCCCCAGGAUCCACAGAGACAUUGUUUAGCCAAAGCAUUCUUUCUUGAGCACCAUAUAGAAGGAAUCAUCUAACUAUCAAGAGACUGCCUCCAGGCCAGGUCCUGGGACCUAAGAGAUAUCAGAUGUUUGAAUUACUGGGGAAUUGAGCUAACCACUGCCAACUCCAACCUCAGCCCCUGGUGUCUAAGAUCCUUGGGUGCAAGAUGUUAUGAUAAGAAAAGUUGCAGAACAAGGAAAGGUGGAGGGCAGGGCUUUUUGUUUCUGACCUGAAGGACUUCCGGAUCAUCUGAGUUCAAGGCUCCUCAAAGGUAAAUUUGAGGUUAUUAAGAUGAUGAAGGAUAUGCCGGGCAUUGGUGGCGCACGCCUUUAAUCCCAGCACUCGGGAGGCAGAGGUAGGUGGAUCUCUGUGAGUUUGAGACCAGCCUGGUCUACAAGAGCUAGUUCCAGGACAGCCUCCAAAGCCACAGAGAAACCCUGUCUCAAGAAAAAAAAAAAAAAAGAUAAUGAAGGGUAGCUGACAUGCCAU